AGGGCCGUGGCGCGCCGGGAAGGCGGAAGCGGGGCGGGGCGGGGCGGCCAUGGCCGGUAGCGGCUGGGCCCCGCCGCGCCUCGAUGAAUUCAUCCUCACCGAGCGGCUGGGCGCCGGCACCUACGCCACCGUUUACAAGGCCUACAGGAAGGGGGACACGCGUGAGGUGGUGGCCAUCAAGUGCGUGAACAAGAGGAGCCUCAACCGCGCGUCGGUGGAGAACCUGCUGACGGAGAUCGAGAUCCUGAAAACCAUCCGCCACCCCCACAUCGUGGAGCUCAAGGACUUCCAGUGGGACAGCGACCACAUCUACCUGAUCAUGGAGUUCUGCGCCGGGGGGGACCUUUCCCGCUUCAUCCGGAUGCGCAGGAUCCUCCCCGAGAAGGUGGCCCGCAUCUUCCUGCAGCAGCUCGCCUGCGCUCUGAAGUUCCUCCACGACCGCAACAUCUCCCACCUGGACCUCAAGCCGCAGAACAUCCUCCUGAGCGCCCCGGAGAACCCCCAGCUGAAGCUGGCAGAUUUCGGGUUUGCGCAGUACAUGUCGCCGUGGGACGAGAAGCACGUCCUGCGGGGCUCCCCGCUCUACAUGGCCCCCGAGAUGGUGUGCCGCCAGCAGUACGACGCCCGGGUGGACCUGUGGUCGGUGGGCGUCAUCCUUUACGAAGCACUUUUCGGGAGGCCGCCCUUUGCCUCCCGCUCCUUCGCCGAGCUGGAGGAGAAGAUCCGCAGCGACCGGGCUGUCGAGCUGCCCAGCCGGCCCCUGCUCUCCCCGGAGUGCCGGGAUCUCUUAGGACAGCUCCUGGAGAGGGACCCUGUGAAACGCAUCUCCUUCGAGCGCUUCUUUGCCCACCGCUUCGUGGAUAUGGAGCACGUCCCCGGCCCCGAGAGCCUCUGCAAGGCGACCGACUUGGUGGUGGAGGCGGUGAAGAAGGAUCAGGAGGGGGAUGCCUCCGCUGCCCUCUCCCUCUACUGCAAAGCCCUGGAGUAUUUUGUGCCAGCUCUACACUAUGAAAGCGAUGCUCGCCGGAAAGAAGCCAUCCGGGCCAAGGUGGGGCAGUACAUCUCCCGAGCAGAGGAGCUGAAGGCAUUGGUCACCUCCAGCAGCAAGAACCUCCUGCAGCAAGGGAACCCGGCCAGAGAGCUCCUUAAAGAGAUGGCCAAGGACAAGCCUCGCCUCUGCGCUGCGCUGGAAGUGGCUUCUGCUGCCAUCGCUAAGGAGGAGGAGGGCAAAGAUGACGGUGACACCCUGGAGCUCUACCAGCAGAGCCUGGGCGAGCUGCUGCUCCUCCUGGCCGCGGAGCCCGCGGGGAGGCGACGGGAGCUGCUCCACGCCGAGAUCCAGACUCUGAUGGCCCGUGCUGAGUACCUGAAAGAUCAGAUGAAGAUGCGGGAGGCGCAGUCCAUGGGCAAGGAGGCGCUGGCAGAGCCCGUCCGGAGCACCUGUACCUUGCAGUGACGCCCAGGAGCCGGCCGGCGGGAUGCUGCCCACCGCCCCGUGCACAGCGAUGCCGUUGGCGGGGCGGAGGAAAGACGACGAGGCUUUCGUCCCGACCACCUCGGGGUGGGGGGGGGCUCCCACCCCCGGAGGUGGAGGGUGGGGGGGUCCACAGGACCAUCUGCCCCUCUCCCCAGGCGCUGGCGUCGACUCAUUUCCCGGCAGGCAGAGCCCCCUCCCAGCCCUGCCUCGACCGUCUGCUGCCGCAGCAUUCCCUGACGGCGGUGGGCAGGUUAUUCCACUCUAAUUCCCUCCGCUGGCUGUGACGGGCUGGGUAUUUUUAUCCCAGCACUGGGCUCCAGCAGAAUAACACACACACACACCCCCCGCUGCCAGUCACAUACGUCUCUUCCCUUUUCGGCUGGAUGUUUCUUCCACUUCCCGAAUUUUUCUAGGGGAGCCCUGACCAUAUGCACAGCCCAGACCCACAGACCCCCCCCAGCCCCGGUAGCUCCAGGCUGUUGGUGACGGCAGCAGGCAGGAGGGGGUCGGGGACGCUGCCGGCGCCUGCCCUCCGCUGUGCCUUUCUCACCCAGCAACUACCUCUCUGCGCCCACUGCUGCUCGUCCGGCCUCGAGCACCCGAUUGCACUCUCCCAGCCCGGCCGUACCUCCCUCUCGCUGCUGGAGCGUCGGGGUCGAGGCUUUUGCUUCCUAAAAACUGCCUGCACUGGAGCCUGGCAGGUACUGGCUGCGUUCGUCAUCUGUGUCAUGAGGUGUUCCCAGUGCUCAGCGGGGGGCUAAGGGACUGGGCAUGCUCCUCCGCGCGGAGAGUCCUCGCGUAAAACAGAUGAGCUGAAACCAGCCGCCUGCAGGGACAGAGUCACGCAGCUGCAAACGGCGAUACCUCCCCGAAGGCAGAGCCUCGACCUCCUGCCUGCUCUGUUUCUCAGGGCUCUGACAACCUGAAUAUCCAAAUUAUAUUCCCGGGAGCCCCCUGCCCCAGCCCUGCAGAAGUCACAUAUCCAGGGUGGUGAGGUCCGUCUGUCCUGCAAAGCAAGGGAUUUUCUCAAUAUCUACUGUAUUUCAAGGGAAUGUAAUUUGUUCUCUUUAGUAAACACUUAUUUUGGUUUCUUCAA